GGUUGGCGUUCUAUAGUUGUACUCCAUUUGAAAUUUCCAUCACCACUGUUCUACAAGCCAACUGACGGAAGCAAUAAGCACCAAUCUACUAGAUUACAUAUGCUUAACUUGGAUUAAGCACAAAAUAAUUGAAUUGAAUCACUUGAGUGAAUAGCAAUCAGUACGCAAUGUUAACUCAUACUUUACUUAAUAUUAGAAUAUACAUGACCUACAACAAAACAACUUAACCCGCUCGACAUCAGUCGUCAGGCUUUGCGCAACAGGAUUUAUGUUGCCUACAUUCCUAGCCGUAUACUGUCAACAACCUCUGCACACUCCAAAAGUGAAAAAAGUACAUACAAUUAUUCGUAACAUCUUCUUCGCUUUACCCGAUUUCCAAACACACUUUCCAAAUACAAUCAGUGCACAGCAGGUGAUGUUACGCGAGCAAAGUGUUUCCGGCCGCCAUCACAGCUUUCUAAGUUUUUAAUAAAAAUGUUGUUAAUGCUUGUAUAAUUCUCAAAACGCCGCAGCACUUGAAACUUAGAUAUUCAACUACACUGUAUACAACUACGGCUGCAAGUCUGGGAAUAGUUGAUAUACGUGCGUACUCCGCAUACCCGAAGCACUUAACUAAAGCCAGCAUCUUCACAGAAUGUCUGGCAAAUGGCGGUAGUAUUAAGCACCAAUACAAACUGAAACAUGUUCUACUUCAAUUGUUUACCGUUUUACUUUGUUGCGAGGCCAGCUCAGUAGCAUGUUAUUCAGUUAAUGGAACGCAAGUCAACGAAAAUGUUAUCACCAAUAAACAAAUACAGUUGGCGAAGUUUUCAACACCACCAUGCGGUGCAAAAAAUGUUACUAUCACGAACCCGUUUGAGAUGCCACCAAACUCUUCUACAAUGUCAAACUCAAACACAAGCACUGUCGAAACUUUUGGUAGUUCAGUUCUUGAGACAGCAAACACUGCAUCAACCACGACCACAGCGCCCACAACCACUAAAACAUUGGCUUCUAAUGUGUCUAACACAACAUUUGAUGAAAUUCCACAAAUUCCUGUGUACAUACGCACCACUGCCAUGUUCUUCUGCAUAAUUAUUAUGGUGUUGGGUGUAAUUGGCAAUAUUAUGGUGCCAAUUGUUAUUGUAAAAACCAAGGAUAUGCGCAACUCCACCAAUAUAUUUCUAACUAAUCUCAGUAUUGCGGAUUUGCUUGUGUUGCUCGUUUGUACACCCACGGUGCUGGUGGAGGUCAAUACCCGCCCAGAGACCUGGGUAUUAGGCCAUGAAAUGUGUAAAGCUGUUCCGUUUGUGGAACUCACUGUUGCCCAUGCAAGUGUGUUAACCAUAUUGGCCAUAUCCUUUGAACGUUACUAUGCCAUAUGUGAACCACUCAAAGCCGGCUAUGUCUGCACAAAGACUCGAGCAAUAUUUAUAUGCUUCCUAGCAUGGGCAAUCGCAGCGCUAUUUACUAGCCCCAUACUUUAUGUAGCAGAAUACAAAACGGUUGAAUACAUUGAUGGAUCAUCUGUGGCGGUCUGCUUGACACAGGCAAUCACCAAACUGACAAUUGGCUUCUUUCUGAUGACCAUUAUAUUCUUCUUUUUGCUGCCACUCAUUAUACUAAUUAUACUCUACGGUAUUAUAGCCAAAAAUCUAAUUUCGAAUAAUGGUCCGAUGUUACGUAUACGUCCCAUCAAACCAGAAUUAAGUUUGAAGGCACGCAAACAGGUGGUGCUUAUGCUCGGCGCUGUUGUUCUAUCAUUCUUUCUGUGCCUAUUGCCUUUUCGUAUGCUUACCAUGUGGAUUAUAUUGAGCUCAGAACAGACAUUCAUCGAAAUUGGUAUUGAAAAAUAUUAUGGACUAUUGUAUUUUUGCCGUAUUAUGUUAUACUUAAACUCAGCAAUCAAUCCAAUAUUAUAUAAUCUGAUGUCAACGAAAUUUCGUAAAGGAUUUUUUAAAUUAAGUUGCAGUACUUGGAAUUUUAUUUGGAGAACAUUGACAUGUGGACGACCAAAGUGCACACGUGCCAGAAUGAAUGGUAAAGUAAUGGGCACAACAACAAAUACAACAACAUCCAAUACAACAACAGCAACAUCGUCUAGUUUAUUAUCGCGUAGUUCAAAUCGAAGAUCAAGCGAAGAAAUUGCACGGACGAGAGUGCAAAUUCAAAUGCAAAUGCCCUGUGGCAGUGACAGUGAAAUGGUGGCAAUGUUGCAUGUAAAUGAUGGAAAUGAAAUAUUGCAAUCCACAACAGACAACAGAAAUAUGCAAAUGCUAAAAAAUAAAAUGAAACAACAGCAAAAACAACAACAACCACAGCAGCGGCAACAACAUCGCUUAUAUAUGCUUAGUAAUCGAGUGCGGUGUCAAAAACAACAUAAUUUUGAUUCGAAAUCAUUUCAAAAUCAAAAUGAAGAAAUUCUCUCAGAAUAGAUAGCAAGUAAAAGAUUGAUUGUUAUUUAUAAGUCCUCAACAUACAAAAUAAAAUUCAAAGCUUUAUCACUUAUAAUAAAGAAAUUGACUGAAAUGAUGUUAACAGACAUCAAUCGAUGUUGAAACUACUCGUGAAAUCAUGUUAAUGCACAGAAUGCAAUCAGUGUUAAAAUAAUUGCAGUUACAAACAAGACUUUAAUCAAAAUUAAUGUUAAAGUGACAUCAAAAACAUAGAAAUAUGUUUUUGAGUGACAUCAUGUUAACAGAAUGCAAUCGGUGUUAAAAUAAUUGCAGUUACAAACAAGAGCUUAAUCGAAAUUAAUGUUAUAGUGACAUCAUGUUAACAGAAUGCAAUCGUUGUUAGGAUCUCUGUUAUUUUGUCUACGAACGGUAAUAUGUGGUAAUUAAUAAGCUUACCAUAAUAUCACAAUAAAAAUUGAUAAAGUAUUAUUAAUCUAAGGAAUAAUUAUAAACAAAAUAUUGAUUCCACUCAUUUGAAACA